AUGCCGGUAUCGCUAGGCGCCGAUUAUUCGUAUUCGCCACGGCACUUUGUCGUGGCGUCUGCUGCGCUUGUCUCGCCGUCGGCGGGUGUGGCCGCCCCCCCGCGCGUGGUGCUGUUGACGCCUGUCCCUGCCUUCGUUCUGGCGCCCGCGGCUGACGUGGCGCCUCUUCCUGCUCCUGGCGCGGCGCCCUCUCCUGCUCCCCCCGUACCUGUGUCGCCGUCGCCUGAUGCGGCAGCAGCUGAUGCUGCUGAUGUGGCGCCCGCAUCUGGUGUGUCGCCACUGCCUACGCCGGUACUGGCGCCGCCUCUCGUGGCUCCUGUGGCGCUCCCCGCGGCUCCCCCAUCUGCGCCUAUCCUUCCCCCGGCUGUGCAACCGCGCAACUCCCGUCCUCAUUCGCCCUCCCCACGAGAUGAGCGAGGUGCGUCUCGGCGUCGGCGAGAUUCCCCUCGUCGGCGGCAGCCGCAGGUGAACUGGCAUGCGCACCAGGGUGGCUGGGGGGAGGUCACGGUCGCAGGCGCUGUGUCAUUGCCGAUUCCCCCGCCUCCGGCUCAGUUGGGUGGGGCCGGGCUCCCUCCUCUCUGGCUCCCCUCUCUAGCGGAGGAGCUCCUUCCUCCGCGUGCGGAGGUUCCUGAGGCGACACUCGGCCAAUUGUGGCGGCUCUCGGAGAGCCUUCGAGCGCUGCUACUGGUGCAGACGCUGGCGCACGGGUCUCUUCCACCUGUUCCUGCGGAGUCCCUGCUUGACGCCCUGCGAGACGACUGUCUUGAUGCGGCCGACCAGAUUGCCCUCCUCCUGGCGCCUGUGUUGGCCGCGCCCGUGCGGGGAAGCGUUGGGGCUGUGGGGCAGCUGGAUUCGGCCGUGAGGGACUUGCGGCGAUAUCUGCGGGCAGGUUCCGGAGCCGACGCGAUUGGUGCAACCAUACUGGUGGUGCGCUCGGUGUGGCAGUCGAUGACGGGGAUCCUUCAUGCCCCUGCAGGCAGAUCGGAUGUAGCACCCGCCGCGGCUUGA